UACAACUGGCUUCCACUUCAGCCUUUAAAGCUGCGGCUCGACCUUAAAUAGCCUUAGUUACAGAAAAGCACAAGUGAGCUACAUCACUGACUUUAUACCAGCGAAACUAAAGCAGCAUCAAGAGCAGAAACCGCAGUCUUAUUUUCAGAGAAGUCGAGGAAACAGCUGAACUAUGAGUGCUGCUCAGAGUCAAACAACGCUGGAGUCCAAACUGGAGGCCCUGCAGUGCCACUUCACCUGGGAUCUGGACCCCAGCAAGUCCAUGCUGUUACGUCGCAAGGACAAGCUGGAGGACAUCGGCACCGAGGAGGGGAACAGCUGGCUGGGUCACAUUUACAACCUGCGGGGGUUCGUUCAGUACAAGCUGGGGUUCACCGAAGACGCCCAGAGUUUCUUCAACAAGGCUGCAGAGGCCUUCAGCAAGAUAAGAAACGCAGAUGAGGGUCCCUGGUUGGUGGUGAACUACGGGAACCUGGCGUGGCUGCACCACCACCUGGGAGACCAAGCAGAGAGUCAGGCUUACCUGUCAAAGGUCAACACCCUGAUGAAUAAAUACCCAUCUCCAUCCCAGGAUGAGCUCCAUCCAGAGAUCUACGCUGAGAAAGGCUGGACUCUGAUGAAGUUCAGUGAAGAACAAAAGAAACGGGCUGCAGAUUACUUCCAGAGAGCCAUCAGGAUGCAGCCGGACAUGGUGGAGUGGAACACCAGCUACGUCUUAGGGUUAGUGAAUGCUUUUAAGCACAGCGAAACAGGGCUGGAGGCUGACCUUCUGGAGAAAAUGAGAAUCGCCAAGGAACAGGAUCCAGAAAACUUGUACAUUGCUGUUUACUAUCUCGAGCAUUGUGCAAAGAAAGGAGAGAGAAUCAAAGAUGAAGCACGUGAGUUAGCAACAAAGGUGUUGAGAAAUCCUGUCAGCAGCUACAGUGGUAUGAAACCAUUAAUAAGGGUUUACAGAAACUAUGUUUCUAUUGAUGAGGCCAUUGAUUUGGCAGAGGAGGCUCUGAAAACCCAUCCAGAUGAGCGUUAUCUGAAGAGAUGCGCUGCACUCUGCUACAAAUGGAAGAUAGUAUUUUUCAGGGACAGUCGCCCAAAACCAAGCAUGAUAGACAGAGCAAUAAGUCUCCAUAAAGAGGUGAUUGCUCUUUACCCUCAUUCUUCACUUGUGAAGAAAAUAGACCUUGCAAAUAUAUACGCAAAGUCAAAAUAUGGCCAGGCUAAAUCUGAGCAGAUAUACCAGGAACUGCUCAAAAGUGAUCUGGAACCUGGAGACAAACAGAUGGUUUACAACGGCUACGCAAAAUAUUUAAACUUCGAGCGGAAGGAUGGCAAUACGUCAAUAAUAUAUCACAUGAAGGCAGCAGCGAUACCGCAUCAGUCCUUCUUUCGUGGGAACAGCAUCAAACUUCUGGAAAGAAUUAAAGACAAAGGCAGGAACCGAAAGUGUAGAGAAAUAGAGGAGUUUCUGGAAAACCUGCAAGAGCCAUAGUGAUUUCAAAGUAAAGUAAAGUUUGGCCCCAUUUAACGGGAAUAAUUAGAGCACAUUUACUUUAUCCUGAAUCCUCUUGUGAAGUGAAUCCUCCAACAAGUCCACAAGUCACCUUACUUCCUGCUUUGCUCCUGUCAUAAUUACUCCCGUCACAAGAGGGCGUGACCUAACAAUAAAUGUAUGGGUGGUAAUUGCUGCUCUACAAAGGACCUAUAGGGUCGUUUUUCCCCUGGUCUCUAAUCCUUUAGCUGAGAGUCCAUUAAAACUAAUUUAUUUUGCAUUAUAAAUGCUUGCAGAAUCUGGCCUUAAAUUAGUCAGUGUGCUUCAACUAAAGAGCUCGUCAAAUGAUUGGACAUAAAGUUACAACAUUUUCAAGGUUUCCGCUUACACCUUGUGUAUAAACUACAUGAAUUUAUUGUUUAAUUAGAGACCAAGCAAGCUAGCUUGUUAGCUGUUGGUGUCGUUGUACAUUUCCCAGAACAAAAGGUUUCUAGCUUGUUAGCGGUUAGCUCACUAGCUACAGUAAUCACUUCAUCACCAAGCUUCUACGACCAAAUAUGAAGCAACGUAUGUAGUUAAUUUAGCUUUAACUUUCUGCCGUGAGCACAAAAAAUGUGCUCCUUGGCACAAAAUCACAUAAAUUGUUAGAGAAAUACCUAAAAGUUGCUUAUUAUCAAUAAUAUGUUGGCUUUUUUUUCUUGUCCCCGUUCCUUUUUAACAUUGUUUGGUGAGUGUUUGGUAUUGACUGGGAAGCUGCAAAUGAAAAUAAUAACGUGUUUUGACUGUUAGAACUUAAGCUAAUAAGUGUGCUACAUGCUAGCUUUCCAGCAUUAAGCGUGAAGGGGCAACAGUGGCGUUGCACGAUUAGUUUGCUACCAUUGAGUCUGCAUAGAAAACAAUGUUUGUAGGAGCCACAUGUUGCAUAUUGUUUAUGGUCUCAUUCAUGUUGUUUGAUGAUUAUUAUUUUGUGCACUUAUAUUGUAGGUGGUGGGCGUUUUAUCACCUGUUGGGUUUUUUGGGCUUUGACAGAGAGGGGGUGAGCCUGGGUGCGAACACUUUAUGUUGACCACCGAACUAAUGCACUUAUUUUUUUAAUAAUUUCGUCGAUUUUUUUUCUUCCUGCAUUUUUAAAGCUUUUUUUCUGACAUUUUUUUCACUUUUUUUAAAAAGGGGAAAAGGCGCUGACACAAUACUCAAAACAUGUUUCAACUCAUUGUUGGUUUUUGCCUUUUUUUUGGUUAUCGCAAAGAUGAGAUGUGUCCUUAAAAGGCAGGUUUUUACAUUUUGUUGAAGACAAAGGCUGUUUAAAAAUAAAAUCCUUUACAUUUUCCCCUGAAAACUCUCAGUAGGGGUAAACUUGAUGUGUAUGAAACAUGCUGAAUCAUUUAAUAACACUGGUCCUUUAAAUAACAUUAAUUUUGGACACAAAAUGUCAUUAUAUGAUUAAUUUAAAUAGAUUUUGAUUAGAUGUUGUCUUUCUUAACUUAACCACGGUGUUUAUUACAUUCCUGUUGUGUUGAAUGUUUUCAUUUGGACUUUAUUUUAAGAUUAUAUAGCAUUAUACACUCUGUAUGAAAUUUGCUUUGCUGUAAGAACAAUAAAUGGUUGGUAAUGUGAUAGUUAA